AUGCCUUUAAGUAAAGGUGCUGCUAAAGGGCGCCCAAAGGAGUCAAUCCACUUCGUCAAUGCCCGUCCUACUUCGGAAAAUGAGAAGCUGAGGAUACAGCGCCUGGUGAGGGCUCAUGUGGGAAAAUGGAUUUCCGACCAAACCAAGGACCGUUCGUCAGCAGGAGAAUCUUCGGACUCGAAUUCGAAUCGCGACGAGCCCCGCGAUCCAGCGUCGCAGAUUCUUGAAAUCGAUACUGAAGAAACAUUAUUCCCUUCAUCCUCCUCGCCGUCUGCCGGGUCGUCGCGCGAGUCCCCCGAGUCUACCACCUCUCGCAGCCUGUCCCUCUCCAUCCGGUCCGCCUCUCAUGUCCCGCUUCUACCGAUAGCUUCCUCUCACACCCACGAACCGCUGGAGGACGAUGUUGAUGGCCUUUGCGAGUACAAACCGUGUCAAUUGGUGGUGAAUGCUGCGAAUCGAGAAAGUACUUGUUCUCGGGGCCAAGGGAAUGGCUCUCUGGCUGGCUACACCAUCAAGGGCAUGGGCAGUAACGUGUUCGAUCCUUUUCACACCUACCCGUCGCAUUAUAGCCCCGAAGCCAUUCAUGCGUGUGAAAGAUACUGCAUAGACGUGCUCUGGCCCGAGCUAACUCCCCCAACCCCCGGCGACCGCGACGUCUCUGCCACUAAAAGCUGGCUUCCCCUUUCAUUGUCCGAUCCUGUUCUGUUCACUGCCAUUUUGUUUGGGUCGCUAUCACACCAACGUUGUCGAUGGAUCAACAGGCAGAUUCCGGCCGGGGCAUUUAGCCCUCACGAUCAGCGACUCCUCCAGCAGUGUGAAUAUGAAACUAUCAAGCUGGCCAACAAGGCUUUGAGUGAUCCGGAUCACAAUCGCAUUAUUAGCGAUUCCAUCAUACUAAGUGUCAUUUGCAUGGCUCACAAUAUUGCUGAUGACAACGAUCGCCGACGGCAUCGAAACGUCCCAUUCACACCACCCUUGACGCAGCUACAAUGGCUCGACGUCUACGCAAGCUUGCCACCAAAUCUCGUCCACUUGCGGGGCUUGGUCGAGCUGAUCAAAUUACGGGGCGGCUUGAAAAAUAUCAAGCUGCCGGGGUUAGCCACUACCGUAUCCUUUUCCGCGAUCUUGACCGCAAGCUAUCUGCUUUCGCAGCCUGUGUUCGAAUACAUACCGUUCCAUGAGCCGCGACAGGGCCUUACAUUACAAGAGUUACUAGGAUAUACCUCGCUUGAAGUGGAGCUCGGAUUUGGUCGACUGCAACAAAUCGGCUUCACCCUAGAGAUGGCAGACGUCUUUCAAGCACUAAGAGUCUACACGAACAUCGUCAUCGAGCAUAUGCAGGCGUUCCAGCCAAACCCCGAUCUUUCUCUCCUCUGUGACCAGCGCAAUCUCGUCCAGUACCACCUCCUCAACCUCCCCUCUGCCCGCUCCCUCGCCAGCUGGUUCCCCACCCCACUUCAUCAAACCGUCUACGAAGCCUGCCGUCUAGCCGCCCUCAUCUACGCCGUCGGCGUCACCUUCCCGCUUCCAUCCCAAUGCUCGCCUCAUCCCCGUCUUGCAAAGCUCCUCCAAGAAACCCUGCAGACCCCCGACGCACCCUCCCUCUGGACCCACCCGCAAGCCCAAGUCGUCCUCCUCUGGGUCCUAACCCUCGGCGGCAUCGCGGCCGAGAACCGCCCAGAACGGGACUGGUUCGUACAUACCCUGGGCCAAGCGGCGUCGCGUAAUGGGAUCUACUGCUGGUCUGAGCUGAAAGCCGUCCUGGAGUUCAUGCUCUGGUACGACACUGCCUGUGACCGAGCGGGGUAUACCCUGUGGCUUGACGUCGCGGGACGUUUGUGA